AAUUAUCAGAUUGAAGUUAAAUUCAUACGCUACAAACUGUUCCUUUUACUAUAAACGUUGUUUUCUUCGCCGUUGUUGAUACGAUGCAGGCCAGCGACAGGUUUAACAUAAACUCCCAGCUCGAGCAUUUGCAGGCUAAAUAUGUGGGCACAGGACACGCCGACUUGACCCGAUUUGAAUGGGCAGUUAAUAUCCACCGAGAUAGUUACGCAUCGUAUGUUGGACACUAUCCGAUCUUGGCCUACUUUGCCGUCGCGGAAAAUGAAUCAAUUGGGAGAGAGCGCUAUAAUUUCAUGCAGAAAAUGCUUUUGCCAUGCGGGCUUCCCCCUGAGAGAGAAGAUGAUUGAAGCUACUUCUGAGAAUACAAUGGCUGACUAUUGCAAUCUGAAAAUGGCACUUGUUCAGAUGUUUUUGAAAUUUGAUUUGCUUUUAUUGUUGUUGUCAGUCCAUAUCAUAAAGAUUUGAUAUUUGUAUUUAGUUAGCAAAAUGCUUUCAUGUUUGCAAUGCAUGUUGGUUAGUGUAUUAAUAGAGCUUAGAAUUGGGAUUUCAAAAAUUUUACCAAAUAUGUUACAUAGGAUAUCCAUUUCUCCUCUUGGCAAACAACAAGUACUUUGAGACUC